CCAGCCGGGCUCUGCUCUCUGUAGCAAACUCCCCAGGGGCUGUCUCGCCCCGGACCUCGCAGCCCGCCUCGGUAAUUAGGGGGUGAGGGAGGAUCCGGGCGGCCCCUGAGCGAUAGCAGGUCAUGGCAGCGCCGGGCGCCAGGUCGGAGCCGCCGCCGCUCCCCGAGUACAGCUGCAGCUACGUGGUGUCGCGGCCGGUCUACAGCGAGCUCGCCUUUCAGCAGCAGCACGAGCGGCGCCCGCAGGAGCGCGCGACGCUGCGGGAGAGCCUGGCCAAGGGCUGCAGUUGUUCAAGAAAGAGAACCCUUGGGGUGCUGAAGACGCUCCUGCCCAUCUUGGACUGGCUCCCCAAAUACCGGAUCAAGGAAUGGCUGCUUAGUGACAUCAUCUCAGGAGUCAGUACUGGGCUGGUGGGCACGCUGCAAGGCAUGGCGUACGCUCUGCUUGCUGCGGUUCCUGUUGGAUACGGUCUCUACUCCGCCUUUUUUCCCAUCCUGACAUACUUUAUCUUUGGAACAUCAAGACAUAUCUCAGUUGGACCUUUCCCAGUGGUCAGUUUAAUGGUGGGAUCUGUUGUUCUGAGCAUGGCCCCCGACGAACACUUUCUCGUAUCCAGCAGUAACGGAACUGCAUUAAAUACAACCGUGAUAGACUCUGCGGCUAGAGAUGCAGCAAGAGUAUUGAUUGCGAGCUCCCUUACUCUUUUGGUUGGAAUCAUACAGUUGAUAUUUGGAGGUUUACAGAUUGGCUUCAUCGUGAGGUACUUGGCAGAUCCUUUGGUUGGCGGAUUUACAACAGCUGCGGCCUUCCAAGUGUUGGUCUCACAGCUAAAGAUCGUCCUCAAUGUUUCAACCAAAAACUAUAAUGGAGUCCUCUCCAUUAUCUAUACUCUGAUUGAGAUUUUUCAAAAUAUUGGUAGCACCAAUCUUGCUGAUUUCAUUGCUGGAUUACUCACCAUUAUCAUCUGUAUGGCAGUUAAGGAAGUAAAUGAUCGAUUUAAACACAAAAUCCCAGUCCCUAUUCCUAUAGAAGUAAUCGUGACAAUAAUUGCUACUGGCAUUUCAUAUGGAGUCAACCUGGAAAAACAUUACAAUGCUGGCAUUGUUAAAUCCAUCCCUAGGGGGUUUUUGCCUCCUGUCCUUCCACCUGUGAGCUUGUUUUCUCAGAUGCUGGCUGCAUCAUUUUCCAUUGCGGUGGUGGCUUAUGCUAUUGCGGUGUCUGUAGGAAAAGUCUACGCCGUCAAGUAUGAUUACACCAUCGACGGGAACCAGGAAUUCGUUGCCUUUGGGAUCAGCAACAUCUUCUCAGGAUUCUUCUCUUGUUUUGUGGCCACCACUGCCCUGUCCCGCACUGCUGUCCAGGAGAGCACUGGGGGAAAGACACAGAUUGCUGGCAUCAUCUCAGCUGGGAUAGUGAUGGUCGCCAUUGUUGCCCUGGGGAAGCUGCUGGAACCCUUGCAGAAGUCGGUCUUGGCAGCUGUUGUAAUUGCCAACCUGAAAGGGAUGUUUAUGCAGGUGUGUGACGUUCCUCGUCUGUGGAGGCAGAAUAAGACUGACGCUGUUAUCUGGGUGUUUACAUGCGUAGCAUCCAUCAUUCUGGGGCUGGACCUUGGUUUACUAGCUGGCCUUGUAUUUGGAUUACUGACCGUGGUCCUGAGAAUUCAGUUUCCUUCAUGGAGUAGCCUUGGAAUCAUCCCCACCACAGACAUCUACAAAAGUACCAAGAAUUACAAAAAUGUUGAAGAACCUGAAGGAGUGAAGAUUCUUAGAUUCUCUAGUCCUAUUUUUUAUGGCAACGUUGAUGGUUUUAAAAAAUGUAUCAAGUCCACAGUUGGAUUUGAUGCCAUUAGAGUGUAUAACAAGAGGCUGAAAGCAUUGAGGAAAAUACGGAAACUCAUCCAAAAAGGGCAAUUAAGAGCAACAAAGAAUGGCAUUAUAAGCAAUGCUGGUUCAGCAAAUAGUGCUUUCGAGCCUGAUGAAGAUAUUGAAGAUCCGGAGGAACUUGAUGUCCCAACCAAAGAAAUUGAGAUUCGAGUGGAUUGGAACUCUGAGCUUCCUGUCAAAGUGAAUGUUCCCAAAGUGCCAAUCCAUAGCCUCGUGCUUGAUUGUGGAGCCAUCUCUUUCUUGGAUGUUGUUGGCGUGAGAUCGUUGAGAGUGGUUGUCAAAGAAUUCCAAAGAAUUGAUGUAAAUGUGUACUUUGCGUCACUUCAAGAUCAUGUGAUAGAAAAGCUGGAGAAAUGUGGUUUCUUUAGUGAUAACAUUAGAAAGGACAUAUUCUUUUUGACUGUCCAUGAUGCUGUCCUCCAUCUACAGAACCAGGUGAAAUCGCGAGAGGUUCAAGACUCCAUUUUAGAAACGAUCACGCUUAUCCAAGACUGUAAAGAUCCUCUUGAAUUAAUGGAAGCAGAGCUGAUUGAAGAAGAACUUGAUGUCCAGAAUGAGGCUAUGCGUAGACUUGCUUCCUGAAACUGGGCUCAGAAGGUCGCCGUGAGCAAGGACUGCAAGGAAAAUCUAGCCACCAGUGGAAUUCUAUGCAAACAUUUUCUGCCUUGAUUAUUUCUUCGGACUUGAAACACUCACUCUUUUUCUAUUGGAUUUUUAAAAAUCUUUACUUUUUUAACCUCUUAGCCAUUGAAAGAGAAGCACUAAGAUUGUUUCUAGGCUUUAUUUAUAAAAUAAAUAGCUUACCUCUGAGAUGUGCAAAAUGAGAAUUAUCCAGGCGACUGAGCCAUGUCCAGCAUCUGCUAAUGUGAUGCUCUGUUCCUCCAAGACAGAUGUGUUAACAGUGCUCACAUGGGUACUGCUGCCUCCGUUCAGCUGCGGUAAGUGUGACCCAACAGCCUCCGUGGGCAGGAAUGAUUAUCAUAAAGAAAAAUCCAUUUCGGACUGGCCUUGAUACCCACCAGCUGCACUGAGCACAGUGUAAGGUCACAUUGAGUUAAUGCCGAAAUACGAUUGUUAAUGCAUUUACCAAUAAAUGCCUUCAAAAAUCACUUUUGGUAAAUACAUCAAAAAAGCUUUUAAAAUGCAAAUUUAGUUAGUACUUAAUAAGGAAUGUUAUUAUAUGUAACCGGAGUGCAGAAUCAAAAAAACGGUUCACUUAAAAGCUACAGAACUGGGCGGAUAUGUUUUAGAAACACUGAUUCAGGGAAGUGAAGCAAUAAUAAGAUUAUCGUGGCUUAUAGAAAUAAUUUUUCAAUAAGAUAAUCAUGGAUCACAAUUAAGAUCAAAUAAAAUAUAUGACAGACUAUCUCUAGCUUAAAAAUUCAGUUUUAAUUUAUCUUAGUUUAUAGAAAUGAUCAUUGUGUAGAGAUAUAUUUAAGUACGGUCUAUUUAAAAUCUAACACGAAAAUUGUGUUAUUUUGAACAAAAAACAACUCUGAUAUGUUUAUGAAACUGUGGUGAUUAAAACGAGUUUAUAUUUUUCUCUAAAAUUUUAGCAGUAUAUAAAGUGAUCCUUAACUGAAUUCUGACCACCUUUCAAAAAAAUCCAAAAAAGUGUACAGCCUGCAUAUAAAUCUGCUUAAAAUGAGUUUUUAAAGACAAAACUUUCUAAAUGAACUCAAUAUUAAAAGCAAAAACUUAGUUUGGAAUAUAGACAUUGAAAAUAUAUGUUUUUAAAAAAAUCCAUAUUUUAAACUAGAAAAUAUAUCUUUUAUUUUUGCUUAAUCUUUUCUGAGUGCCAACAAUAUUCCAGGUGUUAUAUAUAAUAUAUAGGCUUUGGUCCUGUGGACUAUUCCCAUAUAUUUCACGCCGGAGUGAAUGAAGCUAUACUUCAUUUCUAGAGAAAAAUAAAUUUUCAGGUCCCCAAUUUACCCAAUGUCUUGCUUGGCUGAGAAUUAUAUUAUCCCUUUGAUAUGGAUGAGUGAAAUUCCCAAAUGUGUUUGGCUACCUAGGCAGCAUGUCUUACUCUGUUUUUCUUCUUAGAUACAAUCAGAAACAAGGUAUCUAUUUUUUUUCUUUUUUUUUUGUGAGGAAGAUUGGCCCAACAUCUGUUGCCAAUCUUCCUCUUU